UGCGUGCUGUGUAGGAAUGAACACUCAGAAGGAUGUUCAACCCCCAAAGCAGCAGCCAAUGAUAUAUAUCUGUGGAGAAUGUCACACAGAAAAUGAAAUAAAAUCCAGGGAUCCAAUCAGAUGCAGAGAAUGUGGAUACAAAAUAAUGUACAAGAAAAGAACCAAAAGAUUGGUGGCUUUUGAUGCUCAAUGAAACAUGGGAAUUCAGAGAAGUGUCUUCCUUUGUACC